AUGAGCAUGGAGAGCUUUGCAGAGUUCCUGAAUAAGCUCAAGGAAAUCCAUGAGAAGGAGGUCCAAGGUCUGCAAACGAAGCUGACGGAGCUGACGACAGAGAAAUGCCGUGAUGCCCAGCGGAUUGAAGAGUUGUUUGCAAAAAAUCACCAGUUAAGGGAGCAGCAGAAAGUCCUUAAGGAAAAUGUGAAAGUGUUAGAAAACAGGCUGCGCGCGGGUCUCUGCGACAGAUGCAUGGUGACCCAGGAACUGGCAAAAAAGAAGCAGAAUGAGUACGAGACGUCCCAUUUCCAGAGCCUGCAGCACAUCUUCAUCCUCACUAACGAAAUGAACCGCCUGAAGGAAGAGAACAAAACUCUCAAGGAAGACCUGAAGAGGCUCCRAAGCCUGGAGGACAGGAUCAAGCACCCGGGAGUCAUCUCCAGGGAAAGCAGCUCCAGCCCCAGCUCUCCCUUGGCUUUGCUGUCCCCCGGGAGCAGGACYCCUGGCAGUGACAAAGCACCGCGGGGAGGUGCAGAAGAGGAGAACCGUGAUGUGCACCAUGAUGUGUCUGGCCUCGAGACAGGAGAAGAAAAGUCUACAGGACCACGAAACUCGCCAAGCUGCAGGACUUCCCCGAGCACUGUCCUCCCAGAACCCAGCCUAGCAGAACUGGCAUCCCAGAGGAUCUCCAACCAGUUGCACGGAACCAUCGCCUUGGUGAGACCCGGCCUGAGACCAUGUCUGCUGGAAAGAAGUCCAAGAAGUCCCCCAGGAGCUGCACUGUCCCCAUCCGCGAGGAAGACUCCUCUCCCAGCGGAGCGCGAGCACAGCCCUGGCCUCGAGGCGUGAGUUACCUCCAGCAACCCGGACUCCCCCAAGCUUGYUCCAUCCUACGAACACCUAAAGCUGACGGCCAGGACGGAGCAGCUCUGCCUCCUCAACAAGCGCUUUCCCCUGCACCAGCUGGGGCUGGCACGGAGCUGUAGCCCGUCCGACGGCGACGGCAGCUUCUCCAGGCGUCUCCUGGGGGCCAAGGAGGCCGGGGGCUGCAGCCGGAGGCCGCAYGACGGCUGGGAGGAGCGCGCGGCCCUGCUCAAGUUCCCCGCCGCCGCCGUGCUCUACGUGCAGGACCGGCCCCGCGAGGGGCAGCUCGGCUCGCCGCAGCCCCGCGAGCGGCUCCCGCGCGGCCACCGCGCCAGCGAGGACGACGACACCGGCCCCGCGGGGCGCUGCCCGUGGCGGAGCGCGGCGCCGGGCUGCCGAGAGCAGAGCUCCUUCCCGGAGGACGCUGCGGAUGGGAAGGCCGAGGCAGAGCUUUGGCUGAGCCGGGAGGGCUCCGAGCGGCGCGGGAGGGCGGAGGCGGCGCGGGACGACGGCGCGGACAUGCCGCUGGAUCUGUCCGACUCUGGCCGCGGCAGGGACGCGGCGGGGGCUCUGCGGGGGCGGCCGAGCCYCGCGCUGAGCCCGGCGGCCCGGGGGUCCCACGUGCGGCACCGCRCAGGGUGGGAUGACUUGUGCCUCACCUACCGCCGCCUCCAAGCCGCCCGAGCCCAGCCCGGCGGCGUCAAGGAGGAGGAAGAGGAGGAGGAGGAGGAAGCUGAGGUGAGUCUCUCCUUCGCAUGGGUGGCCCCUACAAGCAAGAUGACAUCAAGUGACACCGAGGCCCUUGCGGAGAGCAGGAUGAGGCUGUCCCUGAAUGCACAGAAGGAAGAAGCAGAUGAUGAUGCCACCGACUCUGGGAAGCAGGACUCGGAGGAGCCCGACACGACGGACAGCGAGGUCGCUGUCCCCUAUGAACACAACAUCCCCCAAGAAGCCCAAGCUGAAGGGAAACAUUCCAGUGMCAAAGACAGAGCUCCUGCGCUGCUGAAGAAGAGAAAAAGAGCACAGGAUGCCCGGACAAAAGYAUCAAAGAAGCCGCACAGAGGAAGAAAGAAAGUGAAAAUCGAGGAGAGCUCGGCGGGGGCACCAGUGCCCCCCAAGAGCCCGGAGAGCCGCUCCGCUUCCCCCUGCGCCAACCCCGAGGACACUUAA